GGGAGUUCUGCGACGCUCAGGUUGGAAACAGUUGCAGCCACGACUACGCGAAGGGCAGGUUCAGAAGGAGCAUCUUUGGAAAUGGGUGUUCAAGACCGGCCCCAGUGUUAUUUUGACGUUGAAAUCAAUCGAGAGCCAGUUGGGCGCAUUGUCUUCCAGCUUUUUUCGGAUGUCUGUCCCAAGACAUGUACAAAUUUUCUUGGCUUGUGCACAGGUGAGAAAGGAAGAGGAAAAACAACAGGGAGAAAGCUGUGUUACAAAGGCUCCACCUUCCACCGCAUUGUUAAAAACUUCAUGAUCCAGGGUGGGGAUUUCAUUGAAGGUAAUGGAAGAGGAGGUGAAUCGAUAUAUGGCGGCUAUUUUGAAGAUGAAAACUUUGUUCUCAAACAUGACAGAGCAUUCCUUUUAUCAAUGGCAAACCGAGGCAAAGACACGAACGGGUCACAGUUUUUCAUAACUACAAAAACAGCACCUCAUCUGGAUGGAGUUCACGUUGUCUUUGGGCUGGUUAUCUCGGGAUUUGAGGUGAUAAAGCGCAUUGAGAAUCUGAAAACGGACGCUGCCAGCAGACCCUACGCAGAUGUCCGGGUGAUUGAUUGCGGACAGUUAACAAAGCCUGCCAGCGAUGUGCUGGAGCGCAGAAAGAUCUCUCCGCAUUCGUGGGAUUCUUCAUCGUCUUCUCCCACCUCGGAGUCCCAGAGCGACACAGAGGAGAAGCCACCGCCACCGCGCAAGCGCAAACGCAGAUCCAGAAACAAGCAUCUAAACAAGAGAAGGAAGGAGGGGAAGAGAAGAGGAAGCAGCAGCAAGAGGCCCCCGGCAAGCCAAGCAAGCUUCUGUGAACAGGAGAAUGCUGAUGAUGAAAAGGGGAAGGAUUUGAAUGUGACGAGAGAGAAGCCUGUGGUGCGGCCUGAAGAAAUCCCCCCCGUGCCAGAGAACAGGUUCUUACUGCGCAGGGACAUGCAGAUACACAAGACAGAGCCGGCACAUCUGGCUCUAUCGGCAGCUCUAGGUGAUCAGAAGCCAGCCAUCACAAAAUCUGGACGCAAAAUCAAAGGCAGGGGUACAAUGAGAUAUCACACUCCUCCUCGGUCACAGUCUCGCUCACAAUCUCAAGAUGAUGAUGAUGAUGAAGAUGAGAAGAGCAGCGAGACCCCGCCUCACUGGAAAGAGGAAAUGCAGAGAACAAAAAUCUACCAGCCUCCCAGUGGAGAGAAGUGGAGUAAAGGGGACAAGCUGAGUGAUCAUUGCUUAAGCAGAUGGGAUGGCAAAAGUGCAUCCCCAUGGUCAAGGUCUCGGUCACAUGAUCACUGCUCUGAUCACAGCACCGAGAGAUCCAGCCAAAACAGAAGACGCAGAAGGGAAAAGAAGAGAAUAAAACACAGAAAGAAGUCUAAAAGGCAAAAGCAUUCAAAAAAGCUGAAAAUACCUAAAACUAAACCAAAAACAGAUUCAACACCUCACAAGACAGAGUCGUCCCGUUCUUCAAGCAGGAAAUCCAAGCUUUCUGUUAAGCGUGAAAGAAGAUCUCGAUCUUGCACGAGAUCCUCGAGACAUUCCUCCAGACGAGACUGUUCAGGUUCUGACAAGAUCCGCCGUUCCUCACCAUUAUCCAGAGACUCUUCCUCCUUUUCCAGAUCAAAAAGCAGAUCAAGAUCCUAUUCUAGAAGCAGAACUAGAUCAAGAACGAGGUCUAGAUCCUUGUCAAGGUCUAGAAGCAGGUCAAUAUCAAGAUCACGUAAGAGGACACCAUCGAGAUCGCCUAGAAAUACACGCUCAAAUGAGAACAAUAAAAGCCAAGUUGAUCCCCCUAAAAAAAACACACAAACAAAUGAGAAUGUUUUACCAAAUGCUGUCUCUGAGAGUGUUCCUGCGUUACCCAUGAGUGAUAGCCCCCCACCUUCAAGGUGGAAACCAGGUCAAAAGCCUUGGAAACCUUCCUAUGUCCAUGUUCAGGAAGUCAAAGCCAAAACUCCAGCUCUACUUGCACAAUCGAGUUACACAGUAAAGAACAGCAAGGAGAAUUCCCAGUCUUCAUCAUACCACGACCGGCACAGACAUUCAGACAGUGAGAGAAGUGUUUACUCAAGCAAUAGGAGCUAUAACUAUAAGAGGAGGUCCAGGACCCGGUCUUCAAGAAGUAGAUCAUACAGGAGAUCGUACAGUAGAUCAAGAAGUAGAGCUCGUUCCAGCUCAAGGUCACGCACUCCAGUAAAGUAUCACAGCCGUUCAUCAACCUACAGCAGAUCCAACUCCUACGAUUCCUAUAGUUAUAAAACAAAGGCAAAAUCUAAUUCCAGAGAGAGAAGUGUCAAACAUUACAGCACAGUUCAAGAAAGUAGCCCUGAAGCUAAAUUUGAUGACGGGUGUUUAGAUAACAGAAAAGAACUAAAAGGAGAAAAGGAAAAUCACAGAUUGUACUCCUCUGAGUAUUCUACCGACAGCGAGAGAAGCAAUGUGAAAAAAAAUAAAAAGCAUGAUGCGGACACAAAGAAGCAAAACAGUAAAUCGCAUUCUCAAUCGGAAGCCAACAGCAUUAAAAUAUCUGAGCCAAAACAGGAGAAACAUAAUACAGGUUCUUUUAGGGAGGAUCGGAAAUCAAAGUCUGGGUGGGACAGUGAUAGUGAUCAUUCAAAAAAAGAGCCAGGUGUUGAAGACAGAUCAUCUGAAUUCCAGCAGCUCAAAUCUGGCAGGACCGAUGAAAAGACUAGUAGCAGGAAGGAGUUUCUCAGCAGCAAAUGGGAUUCGGAAGAUCACUCAGAAACUGAAGAGAAAAAGAUCAUCAGAGGCGGUUCAGCGUAUUCAAGCAAAGAAGAAGGUGAAGCUAGCUCGGGAUCUGAUAGCGAAGGCGGUCACUCUAAAAGCAGCAAAGUGAGCACAAAGUUGGCUUGUCUGUCACCUGCAAGUUCAGAGACUGAUGUGAAAACGACCUCAAAGAAACAGACUUCAGUUGCUGCUGAAAGUUCACUUUUGAGUUCAGGAAGUGAGAAGGUAAUGCCUAAGAAGAAAGCAAAACGCAAACGUAAGCACAAGAAACGAAGCUCGACAAAGGCAGGGUCCAGAAGAGGAAAGACCAAAUCCAAGGGUAAGAAAUCCAAAAAAAAAAAACAGAAACCCAAGGAGACUUUCCACUGGCAGCCUCCUCUGGAGUUUGGGGAAGAGGAGGAGGAGGAAAGGCCAGAAGAUAAUGUGAUUGUAAAACAGGUCAUGAAGGAAAGUCUGUUAAAAGUUAUUGGGGAGACUGUGGUUAAACACAAAGAAAGUAAAAGCAAUGCUGAGGAAACUCUCAAAACACCCAAAGAAAAUAUCCAAUCAGGUGCAGCUUCUCAGAGGGCUCAAGAACAGUCAACCAAAAAUGAAAAAGAAUCAAAGCAAUCACCAAGGAAUGUCAAGAGACCAAGACGAGGUGAAAGUACAGAAGCAGAUUCCAGCAAAGCUGAUGGUAAAGAGCAUGCUGUGGAGUUCCCAGGGAAAACAGAGCAAUCUGAUGAUAGUAUGGAGAUCUGUACCCCAGAGCAGAACUCUCCUGAAAGGGACUAUGCAAAAACUACAGCGCAGCAGGGCUCCCCAUUAAAAGAGCUUGUCCUUCCUGCAAACAGAGACAUCGGGAAUGCUUUAAACACAACUGCAGUAGAAGCAUUAAAGAUGGAGCCACAUCCGAUGAAUAGCAGAGCCUCUUCUAAAGUGUUCAUAAGCAAUGAUUCAGGGGGUGAAAGUGAUAAAAAAGCACAAAAUGAAUUGCAAUGUUUAACUAUUGACCCAAAGUGGAAGCCUCUGAAAGAUCUUUCUAAUCAGCAGCCAGUCAGCACUAUGAAUGCUGUGGAAGUUAAAAGCACAGACACCCCAGAUUGUGUGGAGACCAAGCCCCAGGGCCUCAGAAUAGAGAUUAAAAGCAAGAGUCGGGUCCGACCUGGAUCUCUUUUUGAUGAAGUUCGAAAGACGGCCAGGCUGAAUCAAAGACAGAGGAACCAAGAGAGCUCAAGUGAGGAGAGAUCUCCUUCCGUAGAGGAUAAAAGCAAGUCCCGGAGCCGAACCAGAUCACCCAGCAAAUCUGGAUCGAGCCAGCGAACACGCUCAAGAAAGAGAUCACUGUCCUCCAGCCACUCGCGGACUCGAUCAAGGAGUUCCACUUAUUCCUACAGGUCUAGAAGCUACACUAGAAGUCGCAGUAGGAGAAGGUACAGUCGGGGUCGAUCAAGGACUUGGAGCAGCACUGACCGGAGUUACAGAAGACACAGCCACAGCAGUAGGACCUACAGCAGAAGCCGGUCCAGGAGCAGGUCUUCUGAUCGGCACAGAAGAUCCAGGUCCGUCACAUAUGACAGCUACUACAGCAGAAGCAGGAGUCGAAGCAGCAGGAGACGGACAAGUGACAGCUACCGAAGGUCCCGGAGCUACGAUCGCAGUUCCAGGUCAUACUGCUCUUAUAGUAGAAGUGACCGCAGUUACUCCCGCCGGCGAAGUCACAGCUGAUGGAAGAGAAACAGAGCUCACGGCUAUUCAUUGGGUACAAGGAAAGAAAUAUGUUUGCGUAUCUGCUUGUGUAGAUAACAGAAACAUGCAGAACAGUAGAUUAUCAGUACAUUUUAAUAAGAGAUCUAUUACACAGUGAGAAACGGGGUAAACCACAUAACCUGUUCACCAGUGUAAAAUAGAUGUGUGUAAAUCAUUUUAUACAACAUUGUUUUAAUUUGUUUCUUGGUUUGUGCAUUUUAGACUGAAAGAAUGAAUGUAUUUACAGUAUAUUCAACAUGUUUAAUCCUCUGUCAAUUUAAUCUGGUCAGAUUUUCUAACAGCAAAUAUUCCAUAGUUCAGAUGUUGGUGGGGCAAUGUUUUUCUUCACGCUUUGCACAGGAAGUUCUUGAAGAGGUCUUUCAGCUGUCAGAGCUGGAGGGAAUGCAUCAUGAAAGCACCUUUUUUGGUUUCUUUGCAUUUUUUUUUCUUCUUACAAGUCGCUGAUUCCGUAUUCCCCUAGAUCUGGUUGACUAAUAAUUCAAAACAGUUGUAUAAUCUGUGAAGGACCCAACAACUUCUCAAAGUGCUUGUAUUGUUUGUGUAUAUAUAUCAUGCAGAAGUGAGGCUUAAUAAAGUUUUCACAUUA